CGCCGGGCACCAGCUCUGCCCAGGUGCCCGAGGGCACUAGGAUAAAGUCAAAGCUGCUCACACGGGAGGCCGGUGGACUCAGUCUCAGGCACCAGCAUCAUGCCUAUGACACUGGGUUACUGGGACAUCCGUGGGCUAGCUCACGCUAUUCGGCUGCUUCUAGAAUACACAGGCUCAAGCUAUGAGGAGAAGAGAUACACCAUGGGAGAUGCUCCUGACUAUGACCGAAGCCAGUGGCUGAGUGAGAAGUUCAAACUGGGCCUGGACUUCCCCAAUUUGCCUUACUUAAUUGAUGGGUCACACAAGAUCACGCAGAGCAAUGCCAUCCUGCGAUACAUUGCCCGCAAGCACAACAUGUGUGGGGAGACAGAGGAAGAGAAGAUUCGAGUGGACAUUUUGGAGAACCAGGCUAUGGAUGUCUCCAAUCAGCUGGCUCGAGUCUGUUACAGCCCAGACUUUGAGAAACUGAAGGUGGAAUACUUGGAGCAGCUCCCUGGAAUGGUGAAACUCUUCUCACAGUUCCUGGGCCAGCGGACAUGGUUUGUUGGUGAAAAGAUUACUUUUGUAGAUUUCCUGGCUUAUGAUAUCUUGGACCUGCACCUUAUAUUCGAACCCACAUGCCUGGACGGUUUCCCAAACCUGAAGGACUUUGUGACCCGCUUUGAGGGACUGAAGAGGAUCUCUGCUUACAUGAAGACCAGCCGCUUCCUCCGAACACCCCUAUAUACAAGGGUGGCCACUUGGGGCAAUAAGUAGAGCCUUGACUGGAUGGCCACCUUUGUCUUGAGAUCCCCAAGGCAAAGCCAUUGUCAGGAUCUGUACCGGGCCUGGUGCUUCUCCACACCCUCUCCGAGCCUCUCUGAGCCUCUCCCACUCAGAUUUAAAAUACAGUUGCUUUGGGUAAACGGUGCUGCCACCAAGAGUCAAAGGCCAUUGAACAAAAACCACACCAGUCAUGAACAAUCCUCUUUUGAGUUGUUGGUUGUCCAAAAGACUCCCAGAACAUUCCAGGCUAUUGCUUCCUCCGAGAAGUGGGAGACAAGCCUGUAUUGCUGAAGACACUGUGUGCUUCAGACAGGACCCAGAGGCUCUUAAGCUGGAUCUGACUUGAAACCCUUCUCCUGGAGGACUAACAUUCAUGGUGCCAAAGGAGGGAGGCAACCCGUAACCCUUCUUAACUAUCAUGCCUAUGAACCACAGCAAUGACCAGCAUGUCACAAUAACCCUUACUUUGAUGGUGACCAACAGUUCCUGAGUUGGACUUAAGGCUUGCUGAACAAGAGGAAAAACCUGCCUGGAAUAGGGCACCUAGCCAACUGCCCAGGGCUAGUGAAGCCAUAGAUCUUAGAGGAGAGCACACAGCUACCACUUUGCUAAACCAGCCUAAUCCUGAAAUACAUUCCAACGACUUGUCCUUAUAGCUACAGAUCAGUGUAGAUGGAGAGCAUUACAGAAAACCAUAACCAACCUAUGGAACCUAGUCCCAGCUGAUAGCAUCUUCAGCUCAACUCCUACCUAAGGCUCAGCGAUCACUCCAGAAGAGUGGGUGAAAGACUGCUAAGGGCCAGAGGACCAAGGAGUUUGCUGUGAGACUGUGUCUGUAGGAAUGUCAGAAGUCUCAUGAAGUCUCACCACCAUGGCUGCCUAAACAUGAGCUGAACAAGGACAACACCAACAGAGACAUAAAGUGGGCGGUGGGAAAGCUCAUGAGGCCUCACCCAACUCUAGACAAAGAACUACAGGUGACUAAGGAAUGCUGGGAGCGGCAGACGCAGUCUUCUCCAGGGAAGAACUCUCUUGUUAGUUGCCCAAUACCAAUGAUCAGCCCUGAAAACAUACAUACAACUGACAUGUAGACUAAAUAAGUUGUAUUUGUGUGUUUGGAAUAUAUAAUAUAUACA